CCUCAUGGAAUCCUGGAUGAUCCAUGGCAUUGAUACUUGUCUGUCAUUGUUUUGGAUUGUUUGGAUUGUACCUCAUUCUCCUGAUCACAUACCAAGAACUACUAGUACUAAGUAGUAAGUACUACUAAAGAUAUUGAUAUCAACCUUGCAGAUCAACGAUGACCACACCGUACACGCCAACGUCGUUCAUCCAGAUGACUCCUAGUACACCAGCAACGCCAAGUCCAGCGCCAGCGCCAACGCGCGGUCGUGGAACAGGUGCAAAACGCGGCCGCAAGCCUCGCGGUGCAUUUCCCAAUGUGUCCACCGAUACUCGCCCCCCACCACAAUCAGGGCCCAGCACAUCUUCGCCUGCAACGCGAUUUACCCCGGCCCAGUGGGCGAUUCCUGGAGUCCCUGCAGGCGCCACUGCCACUGCCUCGACUUCUACUGUGACAGUCCCUGCUGCCCAAAGCACCGCCGCAAAUACUGGUGACGUAUCGAUGGACAGUGGGGAUGAUGAACCCGUAGUGACGCAGCCUCCGCCCGUUACUGCUGCUGCUUCUUCAACGGAUACGGUAAUUUCACCGCCUGGGACGGCCGCGAAACCUGCGGGUGCCCCGGACGAGGACGUAGAGGGUGAAGACGAGCUUUUACCUGCAAUGGCGGAUGAUGACUACUCUGCGCAGUUGUCAUGGCAGAGCGAGAGCAAGGAUAAUCUGAAGGUGCUUAUGGACAAUUUCAGUCCGGGACAGUAUGAGCGCUUUGAAGCCUACCGACGCCAUGCACUACCGAAGCAAGCUAUACGGAAGGUUAUACAACAAACGACAGGACAGCAAGUUUCUCAGCCCGUUGCGCAAAUAGUAGCAGGUGUUGCGAAAGUGUUUGUUGGCGAGAUCGUAGAAAAAGCUCGUCAGGUUCAAUCACGGCGCAAUGAUUCUGGCCCCCUCACGCCAGACCACCUUCGUGAAGCGUAUCGGAUGUAUCAGGCAGAGACUGGGCGUGUGGGCAGUGCGCGACCAAUGCGAGGGAAGCGUCUGUUUGUCAGGUAGUGAGUCAAUGUCAGACUUGGCAGUGCCGUUAUGUCGCAACCUAGACGUAACUUACCACCUGGGAACACUUCUUAGCAUUCGACUGUUAUAUGCGUCAGUAGACAUGAUGUACAUGAUGGGCUGUACAAAGUUACAAGUGCCAUCAUAUGAGGUGGUGGCUUUGCUAUAUAGUCAUUAUCGCUUGCAUUACGCGAGUGCAAUCACUGAAGCUUGAAGUACUGAUAGAUCAACUGGCGGUGUAUAUGAGUGUUGCCAAGACUAUGAGACCGGCCAAGAUUGCGUUGACCGACGCUGCCGGGAAUUGAACGUGGCAGUCGCGACGAAU